AUGGCUAUUAAGAUAGUUGUGGGAGGUUUUACUUUGAACAUAAUUAGUGCUUACGUGCCUCAAGUGGGUUUGGACGAGGAGGUCAAAAGGCACUUCUGGGAGGACUUAGAUGGGUUGGUGGGGAAAAUUUUGCACACCGAGAAUUUUAUCAUAGGAGGAGAUUUUAGUGGUCACAUUGGGGAGUUGUCUGAGGUUUAUGACAGUGUGCCUGUCGGCUUUGAUUUUAGAGACAGGAAUGGAGGAGGAACUUCAUUGUUGGAUUGUGCUAAAGCCUUUGAUUUGGGGGUCGUUAAAUCGUGUUUUUCGAAAAAGGAGGAGCACUUGGUCACCUUCUACAGUAUAGUAGCCAAGACCCAAAUUGAUUAUCUACUUCUCAGAAAGUGUAAUAGUGGUUUAUGCAUGAACUGUAAGGUCAUUCCGAGGGAGAAUCUCACAACCCAACAUUGGCUAUUGGUUAUGGAACUGGCGAUCAUGUGCACGAGGAAAAAAGAGGGUUGUGUCUGGUCUGCCUAG